AUGAUCGCCCCCACGGGGGUACUCACGCGGGACAUCAACGUAGGGAUCAUCACCAUGGAGUUGAUCCCGUCGGUCAUGGAUACGGAGGUCAUCCUGGGGGAUAUCACCGCGAAGGUAAUCCAGGUAAGGCCUCGACCCGGAGGGUACCUUCCAGGACAUGAUCACGGAGGGUAUCCUGCAGGACAUUAUCAUGAAGAAAGUGACGCAAGGACAAUCUAUGAUCAAGAAAUGCAGACUCAGGCCCAGGAGCAGAUUCAGAAGCAACGCACGUUGCAAGGUAACCUAACGAAACUCGAUCGAUUUGAUUUUCAGGAGUUUGCUGGCACUAAAGACCACCUUUUACAUACUGCCUAAUUCCACGUAUUUGUUACACGUCAAAGCAGUCAAAGUUAAAAUUUGCAGGAUUUUUGUGAAGCUUUUGAUUAAGUUCAAAGCAGCAUUAUGAGGAACGGAAAACGGUACUUACUGUCUUUUAUAACUCAAAGGUAUGGCUGAAAUGUACCUGUAACUAGAAAGUAAAUGAUGAAUACAGGAUAUACGUCGCAUUCACAGAAAACGCACCAAGACCUUAUAAGUAUCAAAAAUGACAGUAGUUCGAAAAUAAGAAAAAGGAGUACGAAAUCCAACGAGACUGAAUUUCAGAAAGAGAUGAAGCAAAAUGUUUUAGGGCACAUUGGAAUAAGGUGCUUUGAGAGACCCUCAGCCAUGUAAAGCUACUUAUUAGGCCUAGUUAACUUGUUUGAGCUCACUCAAUGUCCCUUGAAAUGCCCUGUGUCACGAGAUACACCAAUACAGAAGUCUAUCAUUCCUGAAAUACCUCUGAAGUGGUUGCUCCUGCUUUAAUUAUUCUUAAGACAAUUUUCAUGACAGCAGUAUUCAACAGCUAAAUUUUUCCCUUGAUCCUCAGCAAGCGCACAGAUGUUGUAUGACGGUUAUGAAAACACCAUGGGUAUGAUUGAGGAACUGGAGAAACACGAAGGGCACAAUAUGUCUGCUGGGUUUUCAGGAUUGAUGACUCACGUCAUCCCAAAGGGAACCAAGAAACCCAAACGUGAUGUGAGUUAGUCAGAAAACCUCGCUUAGGCGUCAUGCUAAAGAGUGGCACUCUUAAUUGUUUUAGAUUCACAGUGACCACGUUUAAUUUAUCAUUUGCAGCUCGCUAUCUUCUCGGCUAUGACUUUAUUAAUACUGUCUUUUCUUAACUAAUCGAGUGUUUCUAUUUCCUAUUUGAAGUAUCUCUGUACUAUCUACCUGUUGCAAUUGCAUGUGCCGUACCUGUUCUCCUAUGUAUGUACUAAAGUUGUCUAUCAGGUGAAAAAUAUAUCCCGUACAUAACAGCGUAUACAGGCUAAGUUUCGUAAUUUAAAAAAAUAAACAUUAAAAGAGACAAUCGUCAUUGAGAUUCAGUCGUCGCAAAAGAAUAUGACCUUUUGGUUGAAACGAUAUCCGUCACUUCGCUCCAUGGUUGGAUCGCUUUAAGUCAAUUCGCUCCAACCAAAAGCGAGAUCACAUCACAACAAAAGUGAAGCAUUCCAAUGUUGUGCACAGAUGAAGAUUCCCUUUUAGGAAUGGACCGAAUUUUUCUGUUUCCUCCGCUAUUUUUCUAUGAAACUCGGCUUUGUUUUUCAGGUCACGGCCAUAAUAGAGGCCCAGCUUACUUGCCUUGAUGGUCAAAUGACUUUUGCUCCACCUGAGGUAACAAGGGCAGCCAGAAUGAAGUUGUUGGAGAAAACACUGAAAUGGGUGGCAGCCAGAGGAGAAAGGGGAAUCGAACCAAGCCCCGUCGAUGCCUACACAAAGAACGUAGUACAAGUCCUGAUAAAACCAGACUCUUUGAAGUUUCCAGAGAGGGAACGAGAUCCAAGAGCUGCUAGGUAAGCGUUAACUUUUAAGCGUAUGCCGCACUCCUUGGUAGUUGAGACGACAUAGAGAACAAGCCAGAUUAAAUUGGUGGCCUUGAAAACAGUGACUUCUCCUCCACGUCACGUGGGAAAGAUUAUGCCUGAGGCCCUUUCCUCAAUUUUGGGAAAGUUUAUUUAGCAAAGAACAAUUACUUAAGUUUUUUUUUUAAUUAUUGUAUCCCGUAUAGUUUAGACGAACGUACAGUAAACGAACUCAUGUUCGCCUUUGCCCAAGCCCAACACAAAGGAGAUCUACAAGAUAAAGAGUUUGAAGCCAACCCUGAUAAGAAAGCCUCCUUGCGCAAAAUGAGAGAGGGGGAGGACCUCCACAGUGGUAAGUUGUAUUAUUUUAUGACACAACCUCCAUUUGGCGCGAAAAUUAAUAAACGAUAGCCUCCAUUUGGUGCGAAAGUGUGCUCGGAUAUUUGUUCGCGAGCAUUAUCGGCUCCGAGAAGCGGACAGUUUUCCUGGCGCGUAGGAAUAGAAAAUGCUCAUUGUCACUGUAAUGUCUGAAUAUUGGAAAACCGGUCUUUUUCCUUCAUGAAUUUAAUUUUUUUUCUCUCUUGAUCUGCUUUAGGAGCAACACGCUUGGUGAAGUUAGAUCCCAAAGAUGGAGAAUUCUACCAAGUUCUUGCUGCAUCUCUCCAGCAUCUUGAUGCGUAUGCCAAGGGUGAUUUACGCUAAACACUUUUUUUGCGUUUGUCUUUAAAGCGUAACAGGAGCUCCUCGGGAAC